AGAAGCGAAAGUAAAAACGUCAAUGCGAUCGGAAUACCAGGAAGGAAGACGAAGGGGGAGCAAUACGCUCAACAAGUAAAGCUUUUAAUAUAGCCUAGGUUAUGAAACAUAGUCAUUGCCAGUUUGUCUACGAAGUUAGGUUGUUAAUGAACCUAUAACAUGUAGGCUAACACAUCUUAUCGGGAAAUGGGUGUCUGUUAGUAAGUAGCCUAGGCUAUUUCCAAUGGCGAACGAGACGAACUAAAGUCUUAAUCAUGUGCGCGUUCCACAGUAGCCUGCUGUUUGCAUACGAGGAAACCAUUUAGCGCACAGGUGCACAGGCUCAGCCUCCAUUUUAGGCUGAAUAGGCCCACAGCUUGUCAUGAUCAGAUUCAUCUGGGUGCUCUGAGGAGUGGCUGAAACAUGGAAAAACAAGUCAACACAAAACAGGAAGACGGACUAAAGAGGCAAGGCUCAUUCCAUCAUGAGAGGCCCCCAUCACCUGCGCCCACUUGUGUGUCCAUGAAGAGUGACCGGUCAGUGGGUCGUGACAUAAACUUCAAACAUGAUAAGGGCACAGAUCGAUCAAGCUCAUUCCAUCAUGAGAGGCCUCCAUCACCUGCGCCCACUUGUGUGUCCAUGAAGAGUGACCGGUCAGAGGAUCGUGACAUAAACUUCAAACAUGAUGAGGGCACAGAUCGAUCAAGUGGCCAAAUGGAAGAAUGCAAAUCAGAUGCUGUCAGUGACCAGGGAGACCUCAAGCACAUAUUCCAGGUGCUUGAGGAGAAGAUAAUGGACUUUGUGAAGAAUGAGCUGAAGAGAUUCAAGAAGAUUCUGAGUCCAGAUUACCAAGAAAACGUUGAGGGUAAAGAGCAGGAUGAGAGUGAUGCCAGAGAAGGGGCUCUCAAGAUGACAAUGUACUUCCUGAGGAACAUGAAACAGAAUAAUAUUGCUGACAAACUGCAAGAAGUUGAACUUCCUGUAGUGUGGCAGACUGAGCUGAAGAGAAAUCUCAAGAACAAGUACCAGAGUGUGUUUGACGGAAUACCCAAGCAAGGGAGCUCUGCUCUGCUGGAAAAGAUCUACACAGAGGUCUACAUCACAGAGGGAGGAUGUGGGAAAGUAAAUGAGGAGCAUGAAGUCAGGCAGAUUGAGUCCAUAUCCAAGAGAUCAGCUGGACAGGAGACAUCAAUCAAAUGCAGAGACAUCUUCAAGCCCUUACCUGGCCAAGACAAACCAAUCAGAAGUGUCAUCACAAAGGGAGUAGCUGGAAUUGGCAAAACUGUCUCGGUUCAAAAGUACAUCCUGGACUGGGCUGAGGGGAAAGAAAACCAGGAUAUCCUCUCCAUAUUUCCACUGCCUUUUCGGGAGCUCAACAGAAUGAAAGACAAACAACUCUCUUUGAUGGAUCUUCUUCACAACUUUUUCUCAGAUAUUAAGCUGUUAUCUUUUCCUAGCCAGGGGAAGUACAAAGUGUUGUUCAUCUUUGAUGGUCUGGAUGAGUGUCGACUCCAACUAGACUUUCAGAAAAAUGAAAUUUUGACUAAAGUGACAGAGGUCACUUCAUUGGAUGUGCUGCUGACAAAUCUCAUCAAGGGGAAUCUGCUUCGCUCUGCUCUCAUUUGGAUCACCUGUCGACCAGCAGCAGCCAAUCAAAUCCCUCCUGACUGUGUUGACCGGGUCACAGAAGUACAAGGGUUCAGUGACCCUCAGAAAGAGGAGUACUUCAGGAAGAGGAUCAGUGAUAAGAAUCUUGCCAGCAAAGUUAUCACUCACAUAGAGACAUCAAGAAGCCUCCACAUUAUGUGCCACAUACCAGUGUUUUGCUGGAUUGCUGCUAAUGUUAUUGAAUUCCUUCUCAAGACUGAAGGAGGUAAGCAGGUUCCAAAGACUUUGACAGAGAUGUACACUUAUUUCCUUGUUUUUCAAACCAAGCAGAGGAGUCUGAAGUUUGAAGGAGUUUAUGACACAGAUCCACAGUGGAACCAGGCUAGUCUCCUUGCUCUUGGAAAGUUGGCCUACGAACAGCUGAAGAAGGGCAACCUGAUCUUUUAUGAAGACGACCUGAGAGAGAGUGGUAUUGAUGUCAGAGAGGCAGCAGUACACUGUGGCAUCUGCACACAGAUCUUUCAGGAAGAGUCAGGCCUUCAUCAGGAAAAGUUGUACUGCUUUGUGCAUCUGAGCAUCCAGGAGUACCUUGCAGCUUUGUACGUGAUCCUGAUGUUAAUAACUGAGGGGAAAGAUCUCAUGUCCCCACAGCAACCCCCCAGAAAAGUGUUUCAGCUUCUGAAAUGGCAAACAACGGGCAAACCCAUGACCACCUUACAAAAGAGUGCUGUGGACAAAGCAUUGGAACAUGAAGAUGGACGCUUUGAUCUUUUCCUCCGUUUUCUUCUUGGCCUCUCUCUGGAAUCCAACCAGAGACUCUUGAGUGGCCUGAUAAAGAAAGUACAACAUGAAAGCAAAGAGGAAAUAGUCAGCUACAUUAAGACAAAGAUCAGGGAGAUGCCAUCAUCAGAAAGAGUUAUCAACCUCUUCCACUGUCUGAAUGAAGUCAAUGAUCACUCCUUAGUGGGGGAGGUCCAGAGCUUCCUGAGUGCAGGGACACUUUCUGCAGCCAAACUCUCAUCUACCCAGUGGUCAGCUCUCGUGUUUGUGCUUCUGACAUCAGAAGAAAAGCUGGAUGUGUUUGACUUGAAGAAGUACAUCAGGUCUGAUGAAUGUCUCUUAAGGCUGCAGCCAGUAGUGGAGGAAUCCCAAAAGGCUCUGCUCAACAGUUGUGGGCUCACUGAGAGGAGCUGUGCAGGUCUGGCAUCUGUCCUCACCAAAGCAUCUUCAAAGCUGAAAAAUCUGGACCUCAGUGCCAACAGUAUUGGAGAUAUUGGGGUCCAAGAAUUGUGUAGUGGACUGGGUGACCCACACUGUACACUGGAGACACUCAGUCUGUCAUACUGCAGUAUUGGAGAUGAAGGCUUCAGAGCUCUUGCAUCAGCACUGAGAUCAAACCCCUCACACAUGAGAGAGCUGCAGCUGAGUGGGAAUAAAGCAGGAGACUCAGGAGUGAAGCAUCUUUCUUCUCUUCUGGAGGAUCCCAACUGUAACCUGGAGAAACUACAUCUGUCAUACUGCAGUAUUGGAGAUGAAGGCUUCAGAGCUCUUGCAUCAGCACUGAGAUCAAACCCCUCACACAUGAGAGAGCUGCAGCUGAGUUGGAAUAAAGCAGGAGACUCAGGAGUGAAGCAUCUUUCUUCUCUUCUGGAGGAUCCCAACUUCAAACUGGAGAAACUAAACCUGUCAUACUGCAGUAUUGGAGAUGAAGGCUUCAGAGCUCUUGCAUCAGCACUGAGAUCAAACCCCUCACACAUGAGAGAGCUGCAGCUGAGUGGGAAUAAAGCAGGAGACUCAGGAGUGAAGCAUCUUUCUUCUCUUCUGGAGGAUCCCAACUGUAACCUGGAGAAACUACAUCUGUCAUACUGCAGUAUUGGAGAUGAAGGCUUCAGAGCUCUUGCAUCAGCACUGAGAUCAAACCCCUCACACAUGAGAGAGCUGCAGCUGAGUGGGAAUAAAGCAGGAGACUCAGGAGUGAAGCAUCUUUCUUCUCUUCUGGAGGAUCCCAACUUCAAACUGGAGAAACUAAAUCUGUCAUACUGCAGUAUUGGAGAUGAAGGCUUCAGAGCUCUUGCAUCAGCACUGAGAUCAAACCCCUCACACAUGAGAGAGCUGCAGCUGAGUGGGAAUAAAGCAGGAGACUCAGGAGUGAAGCAUCUUUCUUCUCUUCUGGAGGAUCCCAACUGUAACCUGGAGAAACUACAUCUGUCAUACUGCAGUAUUGGAGAUGAAGGCUUCAGAGCUCUUGCAUCAGCACUGAGAUCAAACCCCUCACACAUGAGAGAGCUGCAGCUGAGUUGGAAUAAAGCAGGAGACUCAGGAGUGAAGCAUCUUUCUUCUCUUCUGGAGGAUCCCAACUUCAAACUGGAGAAACUAAAUCUGUCACACUGCAGUAUUGGAGAUGAAGGCUUCAGAGCUCUUGCAUCAGCACUGAGAUCAAACCCCUCACACAUGAGAGAGCUGCAGCUGAGUGAGAAUAAAGCAGGAGACUCAGGAGUGAAGCAUCUUUCUUCUCUUCUGGAGGAUCCCAACUGUAAACUGGAGAAACUGCAUCUGUCAUACUGCAGUAUUGGAGAUGAAGGCUUCAGAGCUCUUGCAUCAGCACUGAGAUCAAACCCCUCACACAUGAGAGAGCUGCAGCUGAGAUGGAAUAAAGCAGGAGACUCAGGAGUGAAGCAUCUUUCUUCUCUUCUGGAGGAUCCCAACUGUAAACUGGAGAAACUGCAUCUGUCACACUGCAGUAUUGGAGAUGAAGGCUUCAGAGCUCUUGCAUCAGCACUGAGAUCAAACCCCUCACACAUGAGAGAGCUGCAGCUGAGAUGGAAUAAAGCAGGAGACUCAGGAGUGAAGCAUCUUUCUUCUCUUCUGGAGGAUCCCAACUGUAAACUGGAGAAACUGCAUCUGUCACACUGCAGUAUUGGAGAUGAAGGCUUCAGAGCUCUUGCAUCAGCACUGAGAUCAAACCCCUCACACAUGAGAGAGCUGCAGCUGAGUGGGAAUAAAGCAGGAGACUCAGGAGUGAAGCAUCUUUCUUCUCUUCUGGAGGAUCCCAACUGUAACCUGGAGAAACUACACCUGGAUAACUGCAGUAUUGGAGAAGAAGGCUUCAGAGCUCUUGCAUCAGCACUGAGAUCAAACCCCUCACACAUGAGAGAGCUGCAGCUGAGUGGGAAUAAAGCAGGAGACUCAGGAGUGAAGCAUCUUUCUUCUCUUCUGGAGGAUCCCAACUGUAAACUGGAGAAACUACAUCUGUCACACUGCAGUAUUGGAGAUGAAGGCUUCAGAGCUCUUGCAUCAGCACUGAGAUCAAACCCCUCACACAUGAGAGAGCUGCAGCUGAGUGGGAAUAAAGCAGGAGACUCAGGAGUGAAGCAUCUUUCUUCUCUUCUGGAGGAUCCCAACUGUAAACUGGAGAAACUGCACCUGGAUAACUGCAGUAUUGGAGAUGAAGGCUUCAGAGCUCUUGCAUCAGCACUGAGAUCAAACCCCUCACACAUGAGAGAGCUGCAGCUGAGUGGGAAUAAAGCAGGAGACUCAGGAGUGAAGCAUCUUUCUUCUCUUCUGGAGGAUCCCAACUGUAAACUGGAGAAACUACACCUGUCACACUGCAGUAUUGGAGAUGAAGGCUUCAGAGCUCUUGCAUCAGCACUGAGAUCAAACCCCUCACACAUGAGAGAGCUGCAGCUGAGUGGGAGUAAAGCAGGAGACUCAGGAGUGAAGCAUCUUUCUUCUCUUCUGGAGGAUCCCAACUGUAAACUGGAGAAACUACACCUGGAUAACUGCAGUAUUGGAGAUGAAGGCUUAAGAGCUCUUGUAUCAGCACUGAGAUCAAACCCCUCACACAUGAGAGAGCUGCAGCUGAGUGAGAAUAAAGCAGGAGACUCAGGAGUGAAGCAUCUUUCUUCUCUUCUGGAGGAUCCCAACUGUAAACUGGAGAAACUACACCUGGAUAACUGCAGUAUUGGAGAUGAAGGCUUCAGAGCUCUUGCAUCAGCACUGAGAUCAAACCCCUCACACAUGAGAGAGCUGCAGCUGAGUUGGAGUAAAGCAGGAGACUCAGGAGUGAAGCAUCUUUCUUCUCUUCUGGAGGAUCCCAACUUCAAACUGGAGAAACUAGAUCUGUCAGGCUGCAGUAUUGGAGAUGAAGGCUUCAGAGCUCUUGCAUCAGCACUGAGAUCAAACCCCUCACACAUGAGAGAGCUGCAGCUGAGAGGGAAUAAAGCAGGAGACUCAGGAGUGAAGCAUCUUUCUUCUCUUCUGGAGGAUCCCAACUGUAAACUGGAGAAACUACAUCUGUCAUACUGCAGUAUUGGAGAUGAAGGCUUCAGAGCUCUUGCAUCAGCACUGAGAUCAAACCCCUCACACAUGAGAGAGCUGCAGCUGAGUUGGAGUAAAGCAGGAGACUCAGGAGUGAAGCAUCUUUCUUCUCUUCUGGAGGAUCCCAACUGUAAACUGGAGAAACUGCACCUGGAUAACUGCAGUAUUGGAGAUGAAGGCUUAAGAGCUCUUGUAUCCGCACUGAGAUCAAACCCCUCACACAUGAGAGAGCUGCAGCUGAGAGGGAAUAAAGCAGGAGAUUCAGGAGUGAAGCAUCUUUCUUCUCUUCUGGAGGAUCCCAACUGUAAACUGGAGAAACUGCACCUGUAUAACUGCAGUAUAACUUAUGAAGGUUUCAGAGCUUUAGCAUCAGCACUGAGAUCAAACUCAUCAGCCCUCAGAGAGCUCUAUCUGGGGGGGAAUCAGUCUGGACCCUCAGCACAGCAGCUGCUCUCUGAACUGAAGAAACAUCCAAACUGUAAACAUCUACAAAUAUAUGACUAAUGAAUUCAUCCUGUUGUGUUCCACCUGAAACAUGUUUUCACACUGUGCAGAGAUAAAUGUUUCAGCACAUUCAUAUUUGAAGUAAUAUGUUUUAAAGUGACUUAUGUAAAUACAAUUGUAAGAAAUAUUGUGUAAUGGAUGUUUUCAAUAUAAAACAUGGUGAUUCUUUAA